UCGAGUGGGUUAAAGGAUUUCAUUCAGAGUAGGACUCAAUCAAACAUAAGAGAAAGCAAAGGUGAGGUGAUAGAACAUGGAGGAGAGGCAGAGGCAUUUUGUGUUAGUCCAUGGAGCCUGCCAUGGAGCAUGGUGUUGGUAUAAGGUGGUCACUCUUCUAAAAUCAGCAGGUCACAAAGUUACAGCUCUGGACCUUGCUGCUUCUGGUGUUCAUCCAAAGCAGGUGCAGGAACUCCGAUCAAUAUCGGACUACUUUGAGCCGUUGAUGAAAUUUAUGAUGUCUCUGCCAGCAGAAGAAAGAGUGAUUCUAGUGGGCCACAGUUUUGGUGGCCUCACCGUAUCUAUUGCUAUGGAAAGGUUCCCUGAAAAAAUUUAUGCUGGAGUCUUUACUGCUGCUAUCAUGCCAGGUCCUGAUUUCACUUACACAACUGCAAGAGAAGAGUAUGCUAGAAGGAUUGAUACCUACAUGGACACACAAUAUACAUAUGAUGAUGGCCCCAACAAUCCUCCAGCUUCAUUACUGUAUGGACCCAAUUUUAUGUCAGCCAAGUUGUACCAACUCUCACCACCUGAGGAUUUAAUACUUGGAAUGAUGUUAAUAAGACCUAAUCGUCUCUAUAGCAAUGCUGCAAUACAAAUUGAAGCAGAGCUUACCAAGGAAAGGCAUGGAUCAGUUCCAAGAAUUUACGUAGUGUGUGGCCAAGAUAACAUUGUGAAGGAAGAUCUGCAGAGGUGGAUGAUCCAAGAAAAUCCACCUGAUGAAGUAAAGCUUAUCUCUGAUUCUGAUCACAUGGUCAUGUUUUCAAAACCACAAGAACUCUGUUCUUACCUCAAGGAGAUUGCCAACAAAUAUUUUUGAAUAUAUUCCCUGAAUCUGUGGUAGAAUAAAUUUAUGUGUUUGCUGAAUCUUUUUAGGUUUGAGAAGAACCAUACUUCUAUUGUUUCAGUGAAUUGCUUUCAAAUGCGAGUCACAAUAUAAGAAAUGUUCCAUAGAAA